UUGCCGUCUCACAGACAAAACCCUAAGCACUUCUCUCCUCUCCUCUCUCUCUCCCUCGAAUCUCCCCAAUGUCGAAGAAGCGUAACCCUCUCGAAGAUCCACCCGCCGCUUCUUCAAGCGAAGACGAAGAAGUCGAAUCUUCCGCCGGAGAAGAAGACGAAGAAGAAGAAGACUCCUCAUCUGAAGAAGAAGAAUCUCCCGUCAAACCUCCCCCCUCCUCCGCCGUCACAAUCGCCGUCCCAGGCAAACCCGCCGCCACCCUCCCCGCCGCCUCCGAUUCAGAAUCCGGAUCCGAGACCGAAACCGACUCCGAAUCCGAAACCGAACAGCCACCGAUCAAGAAAGCAUCAUCAUCUGGAAAAGCCAUCCUCACAGCAAAGCCGAAAAAAGACGACAACUCUCCCGCAGCUCCUCCGCCGCCAGCUGCGUUAGCUUUACCGGCGGCGGGGAAGAAGCGUCCGAGCGAAGGAACAACAUCGAAGGAGACCAACACGAAACGUCCUAAAAAGGACGGAGAAGACUCGAAGAAGCCUGCUGCAUUCCAGAGAUUGUGGACCGAGGAAGACGAGAUCGCCGUGUUACAAGGUAUGAUAGAUUUCAAGAACGAUACAGGGAAGUCUCCUUACGAGGAUACUAAUGUUUACUACGAUUAUAUCAAGAAGUCUAUUAGCUUUGAGGUUAGUAAGAACCAGUUCAUGGAUAAGAUUAGGAGUUUAAGGAAGAAGUAUAUCGGUAAGGAGAAGGCUUCUUACACGAAGCCGCAUGAUCAGAAGUCUUAUAAGUUGUGUCAGUAUAUCUGGGGACCUGAUGGGAUGGGUCUUGAAUCCGCGGUUAAGUCGAACGGCGCGUCGAAAAAGAGUCAGAAGAAGACUAAGAAGCUUGACUCUGUGAAGCAGGAGCUUUCUUUUGGUGGUGCCUCGCCCAAUGGUAAGACGGUUGAUGAUGAUGAGAAAGAUGUGGAGGUGACGGUUGCUGUUGCUAAGAAACUUGAUUGGUUCGAGAACUCGUUUCUUGUUAAGGCGAUUGCCGGGUUCGGUGUUGAUGAGCAUUGUGUGAAACAGAGAUGGAGUUUGGUUCCGGGAGAGGCCAAGAAGAAGGUUGAAGAGAAGCUUAAGGUGUUGCAGGCCAAGGAAAUUGAGUUUGUGUUGCAGAAGACUGAGGUUUUACAUGAAGUGACCUCUAUGAUCGCUGAAGCAUCUAAGAACUAGACAUUAGAUAUAUAAAUUGAAUGCAAAUUUCUCUUUUUUUGUUUUGUUUUGAACUUACGGUUUACCCUUUUUAUUCCCUGUUAUGAUCUAUCUGUGUAAUUUUCUGGUUUAUUUUGAUGGUUUUCUCUCAUAUGAAACUCUUUUGAAUUUGCUGUGCUUAUAUAUAAAAG